UUCAGCUGGGUACUUGGGUGUCUGUAUUUUCAUCUUUAAAAGCUUCCACACAACUUAUUUGGAAAACUAUCUUCGAUCUUAGUGGGAAGUUAAGGACUGAAGGCUUCUCUGUUUCUUGCUUUACGGCUUUAAUGGCGGAUUCUGAAUCUGAGCUACCGACAUUUACGAGAAAUGCCUGCAGAUUCAAAGUGGAAAUCUCGAGGACUAAAAUAAAGCCUCUUCGGUUUUAGCUUAACCAACGGAACUCUAGAGAGCGUGUUCUUGAAGUAAUGCCGUUGGAGGUCGACUGUUCGAUAGGGAAUCUCUCAUGGUUUCAGUUAUAUUCUCUGUUCGUCUGUAAGUCUGGAAAGGUGUUGAAGCUCUGCUUUUAUCUAAUGGAGCUCUGAAACUCAAUCCGAAGCUCCGGAGCAAAGGUCAUUAGCGACUCCCAAAGUUCUGAUGGCGGAUCCGGAGCUUCUUGUUGCGUUCUGGAGAGGAAUGGCUGCGGAACAAACUGAGCAGAACUAAAGUCUUCUUCUAUAAAUCUGAUUUUGAAAUAUUAGAGCUUUAAUGGCCGGGGUUAAUAAUGAAUGCCAUGUAUUCUAAGAGCAAAAUCCAUUAAAUAUUUAAAUCUCCCUUCAAUCGUUCGCCUAUAUCUUCAGAUGGUCUUCGUUGUUAAAUCAAGCCAAGAGCAGAUCUGCCAAGAUCAUUCUUGCAUAGCCAAGGUCAUCUCCACAUUCUAUACUAAACAACUCCAAAUGAACCACCCAAUGCUUCUUUCCUCUUUUGCACCUGUUCAAUUCCUUUUCUUCCUACUGUUUCUCUUUCCUCUGGCCAUUGCUGAUCUGAACUCAGACAAACAAGCCCUCCUUGACUUUGCUGCCACUGUCCCUCAUGGUAGGAAACUCAAUUGGAAUUCUACUGCCCCAGUUUGCUCAUCGUGGGUUGGCAUUACUUGCUCUCCAGAUGGCACUAGAGUUGUUGCCCUGAGGCUCCCUGGUGUAGGACUCACUGGCCCAAUCCCAGCCAACACUCUUGGAAAGCUAGAUGCCCUCAGAACCCUGAGCCUUCGAUCCAACCGGCUCAGUGGAAGUCUUCCUUCUGAUGUCCCAUCCCUCCCUUCCCUCCACAACCUCUACCUGCAACAUAACAACUUUUCUGGUAAUAUCCCUGCUUCUCUUUCUCCAGAAUUCAAAUUACUUGAGCUAUCCUUCAACUCCUUCAGUGGCAGGAUUCCCCAAACACUACAGAAUCUGACACAACUUACUGGAUUGUACCUCCAGAAAAACUCCCUCUCUGGACCCAUCCCGAAUCUGAACCUCCCAAGUCUCAAGCAUUUGAAUUUGAGCCACAACAACCUGAAUGGUUCCAUACCAGCUUCCCUCCAGAAGUACCCCAAUUCAUCUUUCGUAGGAAACUCUCUCUUAUGUGGACCACCUCUGAAGCAGUGUUCUCCAAUUUCACCCUCACCCUCACCUGCUACUUCUUCGCCAUUCUCGCCAACAGUUCCUCAACCACACAAGGGCUCGAAAAAGAAACUGAGCACAGGGGCUAUCAUUGCUAUUGCUGUUGGAGGUUCUGCAGUUCUAUUUCUUCUGGCUCUAGCAAUCCUGGUAUGCUGUCUGAAGAAAAAAGAUAGUGAAGGUAGCAGCGACUCAAAGGGGAAGGCCACUAGUAGUGGGAGAGGUGAGAAGCCUAAGGAGGAAUUUGGGAGUGGGGUGCAAGAGGCAGAGAAGAAUAAGUUAGUCUUCUUUGAAGGCUGUUCUUAUAACUUUGAUCUUGAGGAUCUGUUGAGGGCAUCAGCCGAAGUGCUGGGAAAAGGAAGUUAUGGGACGGCCUAUAAAGCUGUCCUAGAGGAGGGGACAACUGUAGUGGUGAAGAGGCUGAAGGAAGUGGUGGUGGGGAAGAGGGACUUUGAGCAGCAGAUGGAGAUUGUGGGACGGGUUGGGCAGCACCCAAAUGUUGUGCCACUCCGUGCUUAUUACUACUCCAAGGAUGAGAAACUAUUGGUUUGUGAUUACAUCUCAGAUGGAAGCUUGUCCGCAUUAUUGCAUGGAAACAGGGGCACCGGAAGAACAUCACUUGACUGGGAUUCUAGGGUCAAGAUAGCCCUUGGAGCUGCAAGGGGCAUCGCACACAUCCAUUCUGAGGGUGGGGGGAAGUUCACCCAUGGCAACAUAAAGUCCUCCAAUGUCCUUCUCAACCAAGACCAAGAUGGCUGCAUUUCAGAUUUUGGGUUAAACCCUCUUAUGAACAUCCCUGCAGCUACUCCAUCGCGAAACAUAGGCUACAGAGCUCCUGAGGUGAUUGAAACGCGGAAACCUACUCAAAAAUCUGAUGUGUACAGCUUCGGCGUGCUACUCCUUGAGAUGUUGACAGGGAAAGCUCCUCUGCAAUCACCUGGACAUGAUGACGUGGUUGAUCUACCAAGGUGGGUUCAGUCAGUUGUCAGAGAGGAAUGGACAGCUGAGGUGUUUGAUGUUGAGUUGAUGAGAUAUCAAAACAUCGAAGAAGAGAUGGUCCAAAUGCUGCAGAUAGCCAUGUCUUGUGUGGGGAAGAUGCCAGACAUGCGACCUAAGAUGGAUGAAGUUGUCAGAAUGAUAGAGGAAAUCCAAACAUCUUCAUCAGAGAACCGGCCUUCCUCGGAGGAGAAUAAGUCGAAGGAUUCUAAUGUGUAAACACCAUGACUGCAUUAGGUUUCUGGGUCUAGGUGCCAUGUUACUUAAUCAUCUGUUCCAUAUAUUUAAUCUGAUUUCAGGAGCAACGUACGUUUAAACUUUUUCAUCCAUUGUUGAACUGCAAAAUGGGUCCAUUGCAUGCAUUUUAUCUUAGGGGUUCUAGUGUUAUACAAUAUUUUCUCAUUAGAACAGAGUUUUCUAUCCAUGAUUUAGUUCAACAAUUGUAAGUUCUAACAAAUGUUGUUUCAUAUUAUUAUGAAUUUGAUUGAUUUGAUCCACAAUGAAA